AUGGAAUAUAAAGACUCUUCCAGAAACAGCUCCGUGGCGCUCAAAGAAGCGUGCGACUGGUCUCACUUGUUCAGCCCCGAGAGCGCGUCGAGAAAGCACUCCGUGAUGCAAGCAAUGCAUGUGAUUUUGGCCCAGCCAGGCAUUCGGUCCCUCGGCCCUGGAGCCCCUUCCACCGAAUACUUCCCCUUCUACGGCAUAGACUUCGAGGUCGGCUCGACGGACGCCUUCAAGACCGUUGGCAAGAAGACUCCCGACACAACGACGUCCAUCCACGCCGGCAAGCAUGACAGCAUCGCUGGAACCAGUAUCUAUGACUUGGCAAUCGGGCUGCAAUACGGAGUGGGCACGGGUUCCAAGCAGCUGGUCAAGUUUCUGACGGAACAUAUCCAGCUGGUUCAUAACCCUCCCUACCGCAAUUGGCAAACAAUCCUCAGCGCUGGCAACACCUCUGCCUUCGAGAUCGUCCUACGCAUGCUCGGCCAGACCGGCGACUACCUGCUUGUCGAGCAGCACACCUACACGACUGUAUUCGAGACCGGGAUUCCACUCGGCUAUAAGUUUGCCCGUGUGCGCAUGGACAAAGACGGCCUGCUCCCUGACGACCUCGACCUCGUCCUCUCAACCUGGGACGAGUCCGCUCGCGGUGGUAAGAAACCCCGCCUGCUGUACACCAUCCCAACUGGCCAAAACCCCACGGGCAUCACGCAGCCACUCCCCCGUCGACAAGCCGUCUACCGCGUCGCCCAGAAACACAACCUUUUCAUAAUCGAAGACGACCCCUAUUACUUCAUCCAGCUACCGGUCUACCAGCCCGGCGGGGCCGCUAUAGCCGCCACCGCUCCCAUUACCUCGGUGGAGAAAUACGUGGAGACCCUGAUCCCCAGCUAUCUUCGCCUGGACACCGAUGGCCGCGUCCUGCGAAUGGACUCCUUUUCGAAGAUUAUCGCGCCUGGCGCGCGCAUGGGCUGGGUGACGGCACCGGAGCAAGUCAUUGAGCGCAUGGUCCGCGCGCAUGAAGUAUCUGUGCAGAAUCCAAGCGGGUUCUCGCAAAUUGCCAUAUUCAAGCUGCUGCAUGACGGCUGGGGGCAUCUGGGAUUUGUGAAAUGGCUAGCACAUCUGCAGAGUGAGUAUAGGAAGCGGCGGAACAGCUUGUUAGAAGCCUGUGAUGCUUUCUUGCCGCGCGAGAUCGUUAGCUGGGUGCCACCUACCGGUGGGUUUUUCAAUUGGAUCUCCAUUGACUGGACGCAGCAUCCCGAGGCGAUUAGUAAAUCCAAGCUGCAGAUCGAGAAGGAGAUCUACGACGUGGCCAUCGAAGGUGGAGCCUUGGUUGUGCCGGGGAGCUGGUUCUUGCCAGAUGAGGGGAUUGGAGGCAUGGAAGGAGUGUCUUUCCGUAUGACCUAUGCGGCAGCUUCGGUGGAAGAUGUGAGGGAGGCAAUUCAGCGGCUGGGGAUGGCGCUGCGGGGAAUCUUCAAGCUAGAGGCGGCGGGUGGGGCUUUAGAGUCGCGAUUGUAA